AUGGAGCGCAAGAACAAGCCCGCCUCGAUCCCCGUAUCUCCUUCAAUGGCCCAGCCGGUGGUCGAUCUCAGUGACAAUAUCCUGACGGCUCGCCUGCCCACGGGAGACUCAGUCACCGUGUACCUGUACGGAGCGACAGUCACAUCAUGGAAGACGUCGAAUGGCAAAGAACAGCUCUUCCUCUCUGACGCAGCGGUCCUCGACGGCUCCAAACCGAUCCGCGGCGGUAUCCCUCUCGUCUUCCCAGUCUUCGGCCCCCCGCCAAAGGAUCAUGCAACAGGACAAUUACCACAGCAUGGCUUUGCGAGGACCAGCCACUGGGAGUUCCUGGGAAAGAGUACGAGCGAGAACGUAGGACGCAAAGCCGACGGCAGCGUGAAGUUGGACCUUGGUCUGAGCAGUUCGAUGCUGGACCCAGGGGUACAGAAGAAGUGGCCGUACGACUUCGGUCUCGUCUACAGUGUCACACUGGGCAAGGACAAACUAGAGUGCCAAAUGCACGUCCAGAACAAGGGCAGCGAGCCUUUCGACUUCCAAGUCCUGUUCCACACAUACCUGGCCGUCAAGGACAUCCACAAGACUGCAGUCAACGGACUCACUUCGUCACCGUACAUCGACAAGGUCCGAUCCGCUCAGACCUUCACCGAAGAAGCAACGUCUCUCUCCUUCUCCGGCGAAACGGAUCGAGUCUACACACCGCCAGCUGGCAAGGACGGCAGUCUUGUCCCGCUGGUCGUGACGGAGAAUGGAGCAGACAGUUUCGUCGUGACUCGAGACGCCCUACCUGAUGUUACGGUGUGGAACGGAUGGGAAGACAAGAUCAAAGCCAUGGGCGACUUUGAACCCAAGGAUGGAUGGAAGAGGUACCUAUGCAUAGAGCCUGGCGCGGUAAGUUCGUGGACGAAAUUGGACGCUGGUGAUGCAUGGGAAGGUGGUUGCUCCUUUGAGAGUAAAUUGUGA